CUUUUCGACCACCGGACAAACAGUAUCAGUUCCAGUUAAACCACAAUCAAUUCAACACUUAAUUCGUUCCGAAUUCAACAAUCAAUCAAGAUGUACACCAAAGUAUUGAUCUGCCUGGCCGCUACCUUCCUGAGCUCUGCGUCAGCCGGAGUAGUUCCAGUGGCUGCCCCACUGGCCGCAGCAGGAGUUGUUGCGCCUUACGCCACCUCCUAUAACGCCCACACCGUGAACCACAACAUUGCGGCUCCAUAUGUGGCUGCCGCUCCAGUGGCCGCUCGAUAUGUCGCUGCUCCUUUGGCCGCUGCUCCCUUGGCCGCUGCACCUUUCGCCGCCGCCGCCGCUCGCUAUGUUGCUGGUCCAGCUGCGCUGACCGCUGCUGCUCCAGCCUUUGCCCCAGCUGCCUACGCUCCAGCUUAUGCUGCCGCCUACAGCGCCGCUCCCUACACUGCUGCCGCAGCCUAUCCCUAUCUGUUCUAAAUGAUGAAGGAAUAACUUCCUUCGUUCCCCCCCUGCCAGGAUAUGAACUCUAUCUAGUCAAUUUGGAUUCGACCCGACUGUGCGACCGACACGUGACAAUCCUGUCAUCUUUCUAGCUAGCAAUGAAAAUAGAAUAAAUUUUAAUUGAAUUCUACCGAACGCCUUUUUAUAUCGAUGCAAUUUAAAGAAAUACAAUUCACAGCUCCUCUAAGCUACGGGACAUAAAUUCCUAACCUGGACCGAUAUACUGGUAACUUUUGAUGUCUCGGUUUCUUCUAAGAAAGUGGGUCAUUAAAUCUGAAAAAAAAAAUAUUUGCAAAAACUUGUAGUUCAGAUCCUCCAGCAGAACUAUUGAAAAAAUCGAGGCGAUCCAGCAGCAAACCCAUAGGAGAGGUUGCAAAAAUUUCUGUGCCGAAAAUGCACUGAACAGUGUACUGUACCAUAGAUGAUAUGAUUGGAAAAGCACCACUGGCAAAAAGCUCGAACUUCCAGACAAUAUGAUGAUUUGUGGGUGCAGAAUAUACCUGCUGCUUCGACCAGAACCAAAACAUUGUUUGUUUUGGUUUCCACUUGCUUCGGGCAGUUCCCAAUUGAUGAUUGCUUAAGACAACACGUUUAAACUCGACAUUUAAGAUUUGAGGGAACUGAUUUACAAAU